UUCAUGGUUUUCGUUUUACACUUUCACAAUGGAGUAGCAAGACUGUCUUCGUCUACAGCCAGAGUGUGAUAGAGAGCAGUCGGUAUCCUCUUUCCGUUUUGCGUUGCCAACAGCAAUACGGAUUGGAUUAAUUAUUCAGCUAUUACCUACCAAUAGAAGCGAUUUGAAAACAAAGCUCUAAAGAACAGAAGAAAGAUAAAAUACAGCUGGAACAAGGAGUCAUGCAACAUCAAUUUGUUUUUAAAUCUGCCACUCCAAGUUACAUAAAGGUAAUAGAAAAGCUAGAGAGCACACGAGAAAACCAUCUUGCUCCAGUUUUUUUUUUACCGUCUUGGUGCUGAUGUUGGUCUCUAACAAGCAGUUGCCGAUCGCUCGGUCCCAUAGCUGGGACAUUCUGGCUUGGAAUGAGAGUCAGUGGGAACGCAGCGAGAAUAUGUAUGAGCAGCAGAACAGGACAACUGACCGAGACUCUUUUGGAGGGGAUGCUGAAGGUUGGUAUGUACCUUCCACUGGUGUGGGCCCAUCUGAUAUGGACAUGAAACGAGAAUACCAUAAUCAAGGGCCGCUUUAUAAUAAACAUUUUGUAGAUCGACCAGAUCCAUGUAGUAUGAGGAAGAGUUCUGUUCCUGAGCUGAACAGUCAUUAUGAUCGUCCAUCCAUGGCGCAUCGUGGAUCUCUAACUCCAGUGGAUUCUUACCAGCAAAAUCCUGCAAUGUUUUCCAGACCACCUGAUGGUUUUUAUUGUGGGGAACAAAUGCCCAUUAACCGGCCAGCUUCUAAUUAUAUUAUGAUGGGAGCGACUCAACCACUUUGGAACCAGAACCAAUCUGGGAGGUCAAGUGUGCCUGCUCCCAGUCCAGCACCACCUCCUCCAAGGCACACUAUUUACCGGGAGCCAUGCACCCCUGGGCCUCCGCCUGCCACGCCAGUAGCCAAAACAAUAGCAGAAAGGCACUGCAUACCAAGCCGAGCACCAUCUUCUACUCGCCAUGCCAUUGAAGCAGCUACUCCUUGUUAUGGGAGUGAGGCUCCCUCCUCUCUUCCUGGAUGCUCAAUGUAUAGCAAUCUUAAAGGAAGACCUGUGGAGCCAGGUCAGCCUGCAGCCACCUGCCUUGUGCUAGAUCCAUUCUCUCAAGGUAUGGUUAUGCGACAGGAAAACCCAUCAACAUCUGUUAUUGGACAGCAAAAGCAGGAAUUAGCACAGCAACUGUUGCAGCCACAAAUGCAACAAUCCAAGCCAUUUCAUCCAGUACAGUAUCCUGAUCAACAACCACAGCAAAUCCAGCAAGUGCAGCAAAUGCCACAGCCUGCACAAUCUGUUCAGCAGGGACAACCUGUGGCACCACCAAAUCCUGUUUAUGACCCUAACCCUCCCUUGUCAUCUCCUGCCUCAGUGACUACUUCAGUCACAGCUACUAUGCCUACUCAGGGUUCUCUUCAGCUGCCCACACAACCUGCUCCCACUCUUACAACGACUCAAAACUCCAUGGCUCCUGUGGACCCUAAGAGGUCAGUUGACCCAGAGUAUCUGGGAUUUCUACGCAGUGAAGGUUUGUCUGAGAGCACUGUAACCUCUCUGCUACAGCAGGGGUUUGAUUCCACUGCAAUGCUAGCUGUUAUGGAACAGAAUGAUGUUUACUCUGUUGCACCCAACUUAGGGCAGGCACGUGUUCUCUCUCAUGUGGCAGCCAGUUGCAAACGUCCUCUAGAAGUCCCUCAGCACCAGAGUGCUCCAUUCCGAGGUAGAUCCAACAGUUUCAGCCAUCGCAGUGAUGCAUACGUACACCAGCAACCACCAACGACUCCAAGUCUGGACUCUCAGUAUAUGCAGCAACCCAUGACUCCAGUCCAGACCAUCUUUCCAAGGAUGACUGAGGUCAUGGGCCGCAGACCUAGCAGUGCUCCUUCUCAGCAGCUGCUAGAGGCUAGUGGAUACCCAAUAACAAGGACACAUCCACUUUCAUCACACAUACCAGGAGUGCAACCCCAAAUCCUUGGUUUGCAACAACAAAUGUCACCUUCUAUCUAUGGCAUGCCACAACAAACACUAGCACUGGCUGGACUAUCAAAGUCUACAACCAUGUCCACUCUGCCAGCACAGCAAGCCCCCAAAGCAUACUCUACCAACUACACUGUGCCAAUAGAGCUGAUGAAGAGGGAUCGAAGCGUAGCCACAAUGUCUAGCCUGUCCAAUCCACAGCCAAGCCCCCAUAUAAUGCGGAAGACUGGGAAACCUCACGAGAGUGCUCUGGUGCCAGUGGGUGCUGCUGUACAGACUCCCAAUCAGAAGCUCUUACGACGCACUGGACCCCCUGUUAUUGUCUCCACUAUGCCAUCGCCAGACACAAGUAUAAGGCCACAAAUCAUGAACGGACCGAUGCAUCCUCGGCCGCUGGUUGCUCUGUUGGAUGGACGGGAUUGUACGGUGGAAAUGCCCAUCCUCAAAGAUUUGGCAACCGUGGCCUUCUGUGAUGCCCAGUCCACACAGGAGAUCCACGAGAAGGUACUAAAUGAAGCAGUAGGAGCAAUGAUGUACCACACCAUCACACUCACCAGAGAGGACCUGGAGAAGUUUAAAGCCUUACGCAUCAUCAUCCGCAUCGGCAGUGGCUACGACAACAUUGACAUUAAAGCAGCUGGAGAAAUGGGCAUAGCAGUGUGCAAUAUCCCUUCCGCAGCUGUAGAGGAGACAGCAGACUCUACCCUCUGUCACAUCCUGAACCUGUACCGGAGGAACACCUGGCUGUACCAGGCUCUUCGGGAGGGCUCACGGUUCCAGAGCAUUGAGCAGAUCAGGGAGCUGGCAUCAGGAGCUGCUCGUAUACGAGGAGAGACGCUGGGACUCAUAGGGUUUGGUCGAACGGGCCAGGCGGUAGCGGUUCGGGCAAAAGCGUUUGGCUUCAAUGUGAUCUUUUAUGACCCGUAUCUGCAGGAUGGUUUAGAACGCUCACUGGGUGUCCAGAGAGUGUACACCCUCCAAGACCUGCUCUACCAAAGUGACUGUGUGUCUCUGCAUUGCAAUUUAAAUGAACACAACCACCACUUGAUUAAUGACUUUACUAUCAAACAGAUGCGCCAGGGUGCAUUCCUUGUGAACUGUGCACGUGGGGGUCUGGUGGAUGAGAAAGCUUUGGCUCAUGCCCUGAAGGAAGGAAGAAUCCGGGGAGCGGCUCUGGAUGUGCACGAGUCAGAACCAUUUAGUUUUACCCAGGGUCCACUGAAAGAUGCUCCCAAUCUGAUCUGCACGCCUCACACAGCUUGGUACAGUGAGCAGGCCUCGCUGGAGAUGCGAGAAGCAGCUGCGACUGAGAUUAGAAGAGCUAUUACAGGCCGUAUUCCAGACAGCCUUAGAAACUGUGUCAACAAAGAGUACUUUAUUGCUACUGCAGCGUGGGGAGCAGUGGAGCAGCAUCCAGUGCAUCCAGAGCUCAAUGGUGGUGCAUAUAGAGUGGCCCAACCAUUACAAUCCAUAUCUCCUGGUGGCCUGCAAGACAAAAUGUAUACCUAAACCCAACCAGGGUCCGGUGGGGACGACUUCUAGAGGACCAGAGGAGGGCACAAAGCCAGGUGGGGGUCCCAGUGCCCAGACCCCCCAGCCCAACCCUACCCCAGGCCUGAACCAAUCCCACACACAACGUGAGCACAGAACAGAUAUCUAAGGAGAAACCAAACGCAGGGAGGCGUUUAUACUGCUACUGAACAGUUCACAUAGCGAGUUCAUUUCAAACCAGGGAUAAGAAGAAGUAAAGUGUCCAGGAGCUACGCCUAACUGCAGUAGGAACAGCUGAAAUAUCCAGCAUGGAGGUGUCCUUUUGCUCCUGUCUUUUCAUGGGAUAUUUUUUUUUUUUUGGAUGUAGUUGUUUUUGUUCCAGAUGUGUUCCUUCCACAUGUAUGUUAUAAUGUACUUGUCUGUUUGGGACUGUGUGCAUGGACAGGAGGGCAGGAAUUCUAGUCCACUCAUUGAGUCCUCAAAGGAAGCUUGGCAUCACGUCAGUCAUCCGUUCUCACCAGCUUUGUGAACACUUGUAGAUGCAUUUAAUCUGUUAACAUGUGUUUCUUUCUAUUUCCCUGUUGCCUCUUCCUUUAAACCAAACCAGUUAUUAUUUAUCCUCUUAAUUCUGUGUUUAAGUGAUUAUAUUGGUAUGCAGUGUAUUUAUCAAAAAAUUUAAGACAAAAGGUUCAAUUAUUGAUAAUCUUAGUGUGACCCCUUCUCUUAUCUUGGCCUUAUAACCAGCUGAACCUUAUUAAUUAGGAAAUAACCACAAGUCUAACCACCAUCUCUAAUGUUCAGGCAUUUUUUUUUUAUUCAUUUACACAGAAGUGUUCAGGCAACUUAUUGAAUUAAUUGAGAGAAUUAGAUUUUUUUUUGUCAUAAAUGAAGACUAUGGAUGGCAGCUCAGAUUGAAAUGGUCAAGAGUUAAAUGCCACCCUGCUCAGGAAACACUUCUUCUGUCAUGUCUGAGUAUUAUAAUUAUAAAUCUCAUGUCUGAUUAUCCCACCAUCCACUUUUUCCUCAUACAGCUCUCUUGCUGAUAUUUUUAUAGAUGUAAAAUAGAAAAUAUUUUAAUGUUGCCCUUAGAUUUGUAUUACCAUAGUAUGCAAACCUUUCUUUUGCCUUUUGUGUUAUGACACCACCUGAAGUUCAUUUUGUUGUUACUGAAAUGUCUUUUUCAGCCCACUUUGCCAGUACAUUUAUAUUAGUACAGUGGGUUAUGUUUUUAUUGUGUUUUCUUGUACCAAGCAUCCUUGACAGUGCAAAUAAAAAAGAAAAAGGCUUGUUCUCGUGCAGAAUUCCCAA